UUUAUUUGACUGUAACGAUUUGGACUCGUGCUCAGAAGGAAGCUGCAAGUUCUUACUGUUUAUCUGCAGUAACAGUUCAUGUUAGUAGUUAUUAUGAAUGUCUCAGACAAAUGUAGCUCUUAAAAUACGUUUCGACACGGAAACGAGUACGGUGUAAAGUAUGUGACUUAGUGGCAUCCAUUCCUUGUUGACCUCUUGUGAAGUCAGUCAGCUGAAAGAGGAGCUCAGCAGUCGUCAGCUGGCAAAAAGAAAAAAGUCCUUCCAAUGUCUCUAUUAGAGGAUGUCCUGGAUGUGCUGCGCAUCGUCCUGGAGUACUUUGGAGUGUCUCCAGAUAUGCUGGUUCCAGUGUGGGACAGUCAGCUGUGCGGUCAGUAUCGCAGCAUUGUGAGGAUGAUUGGGACCAACCUCCCACUGGCACCUCAACCUCGUGUCCACUUUCAGGUCCCUCUGCUUGCCUACAAGCCCCAUGGUUGUGUCGACGUCCCCGCGGACACACCAGCCAUUCCCUCAUUCGCUGACGUACUCUGGGUGUUUGAGGAUGAGGGGGAAAGCUUUGCCAAGACCAGGAACCAUUUGCCUCCACAGAAGCAAAGUACUGUAAAUCGGGAUGUGGUGAGAUACCCAGGACCGGCCCUGAAUCAAGCCCAGAGAGGAGGCAGAUCUGUACGGCAGGCGACCGAUCCAGAUGCCCUGAAGAAGAUCACACUAUUGGAAAAUGAGCUGCUCAAACUGCGAGCUCAGAUAGCCAUGAUUGUUACUGCUGCUCCGGCUCCAGGUCUGAUCGAGUCCCAGAAUGCACCCGGCACGCCUCUAAUAUCUCCUCCAGCUCUUACCUCCACACCUCGCUGUGGUGCUCCUCCACCACCACCUCCACCUCCACCUCCACCUCCUCCUCCUCCUUGUCCAAACUCCUCCAAUGAGAAUGCUUCUGUAUCAGAGCUGAUCCGUCAGCGCAGGAAGAACGAGAAAGGCUUUGAGUCUGGCUUGGAAGUUAAAGGGAUUCCUUCCAUGCUGGAUGUUCUUAAGGACUUAAAUCAAGUUAAAUUACGUUCCGUGGAGAGAUCACCAGGAGGCACACCAGUCACAAGGAGACGCAGUAAGGGAGGUGCAGCAUCUCUCAGUGACCCAGCUGCUCUUAUUGCUGAAGCACUAAAGAGAAAGUUUGCCCAGCAUCGUCACAACAAUUCCUCUGAUAAAGAGAAUUCACUGGAACUGUCACCUUUCGGCAGUCCUGAAUCACCCAAGAUUCCUCUUCAUAUCAGACGAAGUCGGGGACGCCUCCACCUCUGAUCCUGUUGAAUAGUAACUUCUCAGCCCAAAAUUUCAAAAUUCAGAUGUCUGAUUUACAGUCCCAACUGCAGCUCCCCCAGAUGUGCCUCACAAACUGAUUACAAUUGCAGCUACUGACUCACAGUUCAUUUUUUAUUUUUGUCUGUCCUUUUGUUUGUGAAAGAGAGUUUGUCUCACAAUGAGUGUCUAUGUUGGGAGGCUUGAAUGUGUGUUUUUGUCAGAGCUAUUGCUGUGAACAUGGUGUUUGGUACAGUUAUUGUUUUUGUCCAUUUGAGUCUUAUGUUUCCAGUGUUAUUAAUACAGUAGUGAAAUCUUUUUAAAGGACAUAAUGUGUAUAAGCAGGUAGGCACUGUAGCCUCUAGCUACAGCUUAAUGCCUCUAAAGUCACUUUUUGAGGCCUUAAUUCUUACCUCAACCCAGAUUAUGAUGAAUAAUGGAUAUUGAGAUUCACACUGCUCUAUUCUAUGCAACUGCUGUUUCAAAGGAUUUUGUUUUUAUUAAAAUGCACUGAUCAACUUU